CCCCCUUCCACUCCCGGGCACCACGUGACCAGGAAGGAGCGCAGGGGGCGGAGUUAGCGAGGAAGCUAUUGGCUACACGUGGGUAAGGAAAAGCUUAGUCCAACAGGAAAACCUGGUAUCCAGACCAUUGCAGAAACUCUUUAGGUGUAGCUGCUGUAACAUUAUGAAGAAUGAUUGAUGAGCCGGCAAAGUUUCUUUUGAAGCACUUCUGAUAUUGUGAAAUGCACUGGGGGGUCAGGAACAUUUGACUGAUGCAUGAUUUAUCCGAUAUCCCUGCCACUUGUUCAGAUAAAGAUGGCUGUAAAAAACAUUAGCUGCAAAAUGGAGGAGGCCUUGAUCAGUUGUGCUCUUGGGAAAAUUCAAAUAUCUGCAUGUGAAAAAGGCAUCCAUGAGAUAAAACUACAGGAAGAUGCUGUUCCUGAAUCACGAACUAAAGGUGCCUCUGUAUCAUUUGAGAUUGUAGAAGGUCCUCGAGAAAUGAUAGAACCACUAAAGCAGUGCACGGCUUGGCUGAGGGCCUACUUUUGUGAACCGCGGUUGACAGAAAAACUCCCUGUCCCUGCGUUCCACCAUCCAACAUUUGCCAAAGACUCAUUUACCAAAGCUGUGUUGAUGGCAUUGCUACAGAAGGUGAAAUUUGGAGAAACUGUGUCUUACAAGGAAUUAGCCGUCAUGGCAGGGAACGAGAAAGCCGUGAGGGCUGUGGGCGGAGCGAUGAGAAACAAUCCGGUUCCGAUUCUGAUACCUUGCCACAGGGUGAUUUGCAGCAAUGGAAGCGUUGGCAACUACAUUGGCGGCAAAGGAAAUCAGCUGAAACCGUGGCUUUUGGCACACGAGAAGCUUCUGAAAGAAAUGUGAACGUGUUUUUUUUUUUCCUUUUUUUUUUUUUUUCCUCGAGCAGCUCACCUAGAGCUGUACCGCAGCCAAAGCCUAUAAACCAACACACUAUGCUUUAAGCUUUCAAAUUACGCAGUAGAAUUCAGGAAAAUGGUAAAUAUUUGAGUGACAUAUAAAUAUAAUACAACAUCCGAAGUGAAAUGUGUUUGGCACUACUAUAUUAAAAAAGCCGGAUAUGUCCUGAGGGACUCAGCUUGUGUGCCCUUUCUUGUUUUUACAUUUUACAGCAGAAUGACUACAGCAGCCUGUGCCUGUUGUAUUUUGUUCCCAUCUCCAGUCCUGUUUUGUUCUAUUUUUAAUGCCCAUUAAAGCAAGGAAAAGCAGAGAGACAGAGAAAGAGAGGGGAGGGGCGUGGCAAACGCCGGGUUCAACUGCCCCUGUAAGGAAGCAUCUGGGCUAGAGCCGGUACUGGAUAACAUUGCGUGUCACUGGGAGCACAAUAACGUGUAGCACACACCUCCCUAUUCCUGCCCAGCUUUGUAUUUGUCCAAAUUAAGCCUCUGUCUCUGUGCCAGUUGCGGUGCCCAACCUUCCCCUCCUACUCUUUGAUGUUACAGUGCUAGGAAAGAAAAAAAAAUGUUUGGCGUAAAAGUCACAACUGUUUAAAAACAAAAACAAAAAAAAAAGAAUCAUUUUGGAGGAAAUCACUAUUGUAUUGUUUGUUCGGAUAUUUCUAUUUUUUUUUUUUUUCCACAUCUCAGAUCUUCAGAGAUGUUGAAAAGAUACUGCUAACGGUUUCUUGUUUCUGCUCCUUUCAUAUUUUGUUUUGUUUGGCUGCCAAUAAAAAUAUCAUUGCUUUUCAAA